ACGAAGCCGCAGUUGCGGGGAAUCGCGUGACGGCGGCUGACACGGCAACUGGCCCGGCGAGACUGUCUCUCGGUCAAUCGUCGCACGAACCCUGCGGUUCGUCGCCUUUCAUUCGGCGCGACUUCGGUCCGCGAAACCGUGAGAAGUCAUCCACUUGUUGCCUUUUUUUUUUUUGCAUGACUGUGAUCCCGAGGACACUUAGCGUCGAGGACGUUGACUGUCUCACACGUGGCCCUUCCCUCCGUGGUGUGCGGAUAACGGACGAAAACCGAGAGAAGAAAGAAGGUGGGCUCCCUUUCCCUCCCCGAAUUGUAAUUGGAGUAAGUGUGGUGCUGUGCAAAGGUGUGCGCGCGUGUAGUAGCGUCGUCGACAUAGCCGCGGGUCGUUGCACUUCCGACCGCACUACUACGCGCUCUUCGACCUUUGUACCUCGUGCGUUUUCUCAGGGAGUGUAUGUUUACCCCGCGCGAUGUUGUUCGAUCCUAAGUGCAAUCGUGACGGACACAGGAGUGACCGUGGCGCGUUUCGUUCGGUAUCGCAGACGAAAAGUGUGUGAAGUGAAAGAAGAGAGAGAGAGAGAAAGAAAGAAGAGAGAAAGAAGCUCGAAAAUCGGAGGUGGAGUUUUUAAAAAGUGUUUGUCAACAAUAAACACACCGCGAGAGAAUGAUUUUCACCGGCAGAUCGGUGGACGCUCUCGACGAAGUGCGAGGCACCACCGGCGGUGGUGCGAUGGUAUCUCAGCAGGACGGCGGCGGACGUAGAGACGUGAGCGCCGUCGCUAUCGCGGCCGGGUGGUUUUCCAGUUUACGGAGACCCGGCAAGAAGAACAAGAAGAACUACCAAAAGCAGGCUAAGAGCGCUUGGGAUCUCAGCGCCUUGUCCGCCACGCAACUGAAAGAUGAGUUGGGCGAAGUUGUGGCGGAGAUGGAGUCGAUGGAGGGCGGCGGGCUUACGGCCGACGAGACAAAACCGUCCAACAAGGCAAAGCAAACAUCAAUCGGUCGCAAAAAAUUCAAUAUGGAUCCCAAAAAGGGUAUCGAGUACCUGAUAGAGCACAACCUUCUGGCGCCAACACCAGAGGACGUCGCUCAGUUUCUGUACAAGGGCGAGGGCCUGAACAAAACCGCGAUUGGCGAUUAUCUCGGCGAACGACACGACUUCAACGAGCGCGUGCUGCGGGCCUUCGUCGAGCUGCACGACUUCACCGAUCUCAUAUUAGUGCAGGCACUACGUCAGUUCCUGUGGUCGUUCCGACUGCCCGGCGAAGCGCAAAAGAUCGAUCGUAUGAUGGAGUGUUUUGCUCAAAGGUACUGCCAGUUGAACCCGAACAUCUUCACUAAUACGGACACCUGCUACGUGCUGAGCUUCGCCAUCAUCAUGCUGAAUACCUCAUUGCAUAAUCCGAGCGUUAAGGAUAAACCCAGUGUGGAUCAGUUUAUUUCAAUGAAUCGAGGCAUUAAUAAUGGCGGUGAUUUGCCGCGCGAGUUGCUUGUGAGUUUGUACGAGAGUAUAAAAACCGAACCUUUCAAGAUACCAGAGGACGAUGGUAACGACUUAAUGCACACCUUCUUCAAUCCCGAUAAAGAAGGUUGGCUGUGGAAGCAAGGUGGACGUUACAAGAGUUGGAAGAGACGGUGGUUCAUUUUGAACGACAAUUGCUUGUACUACUUCGAGUACACGACGGACAAGGAGCCGCGUGGUAUCAUUCCAUUAGAAAAUAUUCAGGUUCGCGAGAUUCAGGAUCGACACAAACCGCACUGUUUCGAAUUGUACGCCGCCGGUUCUGAGUUCAUAAAAGCAUGCAAGACUGAUAGCGAGGGAAAAGUCGUCGAAGGAAAACAUACCGUGUACAGAAUGUCCGCCGCUACAGAUGAAGAAAAAGACGAGUGGAUUAAAUGCGUGCGGCAAAGUAUAUCGCAUAAUCCGUUUUACGACAUGCUGGCAGCGCGGAAGAAGAAAGCACAAAAAACGAAUGUACAUUCGAAGAGUUAAACGCUGCCACGAGCCGGGUUUUGAAUUGAGCUCGGCGAGGACUCAGAGAAGACUGUUCAUUCGCGAACCGGCAUUACUGCACCGUGUGAUUCCGGUCGAGUACGUUUAAAUUUCGCAAAAAAGUUCACCGUAGAAAGAAAGGGAAGAAACAAAACAGAACACGCCGAAAGCGAUUGUCGAACAUUGUUUUGGUAGAAGUAGAAAACCGGACGUGGUGUCGCGUAACGACACGAAAAAAAAUAUCAUUACAGCAAGCGAUAUAUCUGCGUGUAUAAAUAACGUAGAACACGUAAAACAAUAUCACGUUAAAACGCACGAUAUUGUUUGUAGACUGAAUGCGGAAUCUAGAAUCGGCGCGAUACUUCUCGCGAAUGCUAGAUAUAGAUGAAAAAUAGUUAAAUAAAAAAUAUUAUAUUAGCGAGAACAAAGAUAUAUUAUAAAUGUAUCAUAAAUUGCGCUGAAUCAGCAUUAUAUCAGCAUGUGAAGAAUCUUGCGCCGUAGGAGCCUAGUUAUAUUUCAGUAAUAGACGCAAAAUCUGCUCCUCUAUAAUGUUAUUCUUUUUCGUAAGAGAGAAAACGAGAAUAGAGCGUGCGGCAUUACGUACGUCUGAAAUCAAAAAGUCUACAGCGACGAACAACUAUACCAUUGGUCAAUUGACACCAAAACGAUAUGAGCAUAUAUAUAUAUAUAUAUAUAUAUAUGUAUAUGUAUAUGUAUAUGUAUAUUGCUUUACCUAAACAUCUUCUAUAAACAUUUUAUAAUUUUACUAAAGAAAAUCAAUGUAAAUAGAUACGGUUGCGUAAGAUAGACAUAUAAUAUUUAUCCAAUUAUUAUUAAUAAUUUGUGAGCACAACAGGCUAUACAGAAAAAACGAAAUUUUUUCAUUCUCCGGCAGCUUUGAGAUAUCUAUCAUUAUAAAGCUCUUCCCAUUAAAGAAAACUGAAGGUUAAUAAACACGAGAUAUUUAUACAAGGUGCGAGGGUGUCGUGUAAAUAGAUAAUAAUUAUAAAAUUCGCGAUUUUUUCUAGUUAUACUUAUAUUGAGGAAAAAUGUAAAGCCGAAUAAAAGCUCUCGUAUUCAUGUGAUACAAUUUACGCGUAUUUAUUUGAACAAAUGUGUACAAAGAAUUUAUAAAACCGAGAAAUAAUAAGUUUCUCCGCAUGAGAACGAGAUUAUCUUUUCAUGCUUGUGUACAAUCUGUGUACGAAAAUAGCAUGAUUAGCCAACCCUGUGAACUCUGUUUUUCUAUAAUUUAAAUUAAAAAAAAAAAAAAAACUGCGUAUAUAUAUACAUAUAUCAUCUAUUUGACAAACACAUA